CUACCAUUAACAAACACCUUUGUAACCAAUAAGAAGCCUUUAUUGAAUAUCAGGCCAUGUAUCCUGAGAUUAGAGGUUUAUUUCAUUGUCCUUUCACUGUCACCUUGAGUUCUGAGAUGUUUUUAAUGGUUUUUAUAAUGUUUUUCAGGUCUGGACUUUGUUCAGGGGCGCAUUGUUGGCGGAUAUACCCCCUCGCCAAAUUCAAUCAAAUACAUUGUAUCGUUACAGAGCUCAAAGGGUCAGCACUUCUGUGGUGGAUCUCUUGUCCAUAAGUCCUGGGUGCUUACAGCUGCCCACUGCAAUAUAGGGUGUGCGAUUUUUCACCUUUUCUUUAAAUAAAUUCUCUGCCUAACAGAUUGUUAAUGAGACUUACAGGAUGUACAGUAUGGCAGGAGACUUGAUGGCCAAGUCUGUGGGUGAGUCGAAAGCCAGAGUAAAGCAGACAGACACUAAGGACGCACACUAACCUUGACCCGUCAUCACUAUGUGGGACUUAAUGAAUGCUGGCUUAUCUGCAGCUUGGCACGGAUGAGGCUGCUAUAACAGCGAAGAAAUACUGUUAUUCAACUCAUGUCCUCUACAAAAGAGUCACUGUGUAUAACAAGAAAUCAGAUAUCAAGCAUAACUAUCUGUUUCUUCACUGUUGCUUACGUAUGUGUUAGAAUAUCAUCCCAUUUUUUUCAGAGGCUCUUUACUGUAUUCUUCUUUUUUUUUAAGAUGGAUCAGAUGAUGGUGGUGGCUGGAGACUAUACUUUAGGUGCUUAUGAGGGGACAGAGCAGUACUCCAAGCCUCUGUCACUUAACCUGCACCCUCAGUACAACAGGAGCACAAAUAAUGCAGAUAUUAUGCUCAUACAGCUUAGUGCGCCCAUAGAGCUGAACAGGAACGUGUCCCUCGCCCCACUCCCCAAACAGAACGCAGGGCUGCUGGCGGGCAGGGUGUGCCAGGUGUCUGGAUGGGGCUCCACAAGCCACAGCAGAGGUUUGAUGCCCCUCACCCUGCGUACAGUCAAACUCCCCAUCGUCUCCACCUCCAAGUGCAACAGCAGUAACUCCUUCAGCGGGAACAUCACAACAAACAUGAUCUGCGCUGGGUCCAGCACAGGAGGAAAAGAGAAGAUGCAUGUAAGGUAAAGUGGAAAAACACUAGUGGUAAUGGCCAGCUGACAUUCUCUGUUACCCAUGAUUC